CAAAAGGAACAGCCAUGGCAGAGAGCAAUAUCUUUCAAGUCUGGGAUUAUGUUGUUUUUGCUGCUAUGGUGCUUGUAUCUGCAGCAAUUGGAUUUUUUUGUGCUUUUAAAGACAGUAGGUCUGGACAAGAAUCAACUGAAGAGUUCCUAGUGGGAAGUAGACAGAUCUCUGCAUACCCAAUUGCUCUUUCAUUGGCUUCGAGUUUCUUGUCUGCCAUUACAGUAAUUGGAAAUCCAACUGAAGUAUACAGCUUUGGGAUGAUGUUUCUGAUGUUCGGCUUCACUUGGUUCAUUACAAUGACAGCCACUAGUCUGAUCUACAUUCCACUGUUCUACAGACUAAACAUAAUUAGUACUUAUGAGUAUCUUAACAGAAGAUUUGGAAAGAUGGUGAGAUACCAAGUUGUUUGUUGCUUCAUGAUAUAUAUGUUCUUUUAUCUUGGCAUUGUCACGUAUGCACCGUCAUUAGCACUAAGCCAAGUUACUGGAAUAAAUUUGUGGAUUUCCAUUGUAACCACAGCGUUUGUGUGUACACUGUAUACAGCACUAGGUGGUAUCAAAGCUGUUGUGUGGACAGAUGUUUUCCAACUGUGCAUCAUGGUAAUUGGCCUUCUGACAGUCCUGAUUCAGGGAUCAAUUCAUAUUGGAGGUUUGAAAAGAUUUGGGACAUUGGCUGAGAAUGGUGGCCGCCUUAAUUUUUUAGACUUCAACCCUGAUCCAAGGAGAAGGCACACCUUUUGGACUAUAAUAGUUGGAGGCACAUUUGGAUGGACAGCAACAUAUAGUUGUAAUCAAGCACAAGUACAAAGAUACCUAGCCUGUAAGAGUGAAAAAGAAGCAAAAAGUAAAGCUAUAUUUCUGAACUGGAUUGGUAUGAUUAUUGUUCUUACAACAGCCUGCCUGUGUGGUUUAGUUAUGUAUGCUGUUUAUGAGACGUGCGAUCCAAUAAAGGCAAACAAAAUUAGUAACACCAACCAGCUGAUGCCAUUACUGGUCGUGGAGAUUUUGAAUCAGACACCUGGAGUAGCUGGACUCUUCGUUGCCAGUGCAUACAGUGGUACAUUGAGCACAAUAUCUUCUGGCAUCAGUGCUAUGGCUGCAAUCUUUGUGGAAGAUUUUAUAAAACCUAUCUGGAAACCCUGGGAACAGUUUUCUAAUACGAAGAAGACUCUGGUCACAAAGCUCCUAGCUAUGAUAUUUGGACUUGCUACAAUAGGCCUGGCUGGGGUAGCUUCUCUGUUACAGGGAAAUAUAAUUCAGGCAUCAUUAAGUAUUGCAGGAAUCAUUCAAGGACCCAUACUGGGUGUAUUCACUUUAGCAGCGUUAUUUCCAAAGAGCAAUGGGAAGGGAGCAUUUGUAGGUUUGUUUGUUGGAUUGUCGCUUUCCCUGUGGGUAGGAAUUGCUGCUCAGAUCUAUCCACCAGCUGAUAAGUUUACUGGAUUACUUGCAACAUCUAUAUCAGGCUGUCUGCCAUCAAAUUUCACCACCUCAACUCCUAUGAAUGUAACACCACUGCUAACUACUAUUACAUCUCCAAAUCAAGAAAGACCCAGCAUAGUAGAAAAUUUCUACUCCUUAUCUUAUCUCUACUACAGCCCAAUUGCUUGCCUGAGCACUGUAUUUGUUGGCUUAACAAUUAGCUUGGUAACUGGUGGAAGUGAGAAAGUGGAUCCUUCGCUGAUUUCUCCUGUUGUACACACCAUUCAUAAAUUCAUCUUCAGGAUCAAACAAGCUCUCCCAAAACCAAAAACUAAUAACAAGUCACGAAACCCGUAUCCAGUGUUCAACGAAAAUCCUGCCAGCUGUGAAAAAACAACACAAUUUUAAAUUCUUCAAAAUUAACCAGGAUGUAAGAUACUGAAUUUGUGGGUAAUUAGCAAUUAGCUUUUUCAAUGAGGCACCACUGGAUUUCUACAAAAUGAAUGAAUAAAGCAACCAGAUUCCAGAAAA